ACUCUCUUGGCUUUCUUUCUCUUCCACCCCACACUGAGUCCCUUUCCUUCUCUCAGGUCGGCUGGUCCUGUUUUCCUCCUGCCUCGCCCUUUCCACCGCCCAACAACCAGCAUUUCCCCCCCUCCCCCCAUAAUACCCAUUAACCCCAAACCCAGAGACUCUACAUCCCAGCCCUAAACCCACGACCCCCACGGGAGGCAGGGGGAGGGGGCAGGACGAGUCCAAGCGGAGCGAACACGAGGUGCAAGGCGCGCGCCAAUGUCUUGUGCCCCGGAAGUCUGUACCUCCCUGGGCCUGGCGGCUGGAGUAGAUAUACAGCCCCGCAGCCGCGCCCAAGGCGGCUUCCGCAGCAGGCCCUCCCGGAAUCCCCAGAGCUCGCCCAUUCCCGCGCUGCCCCCCCGCCCAGCAGCAGUGGUAGCGCCCGAACGCCCCGCGUCACCCAUUGUUUACAAAUCGAACUAAACCGGCUGAGCUCCAGUUCCUGGAGCUGCGGCGGCCGCUGGAGCGCAUUCAGGGAUUUCACACGCGGCCGGCUCGCUCGGGGACCGCAGCGCCUAGUUCUUGGAGGGGGAGGGGGCUGUCGCCGAAGCCCAGCGGCGAGCGAGGAGCAGCCCCAGAGGCUGCGGCGGCAGCAGUAGCGGCUGCGAAGCUCCGGGGUCUGGGCUGAGGAUCGAGGCCAUGCCGUGCCGGAGGGAGGAGGAGGACGACGACGACGAUGAGGCGGCGGCGGCUGGAGAGGAGGGGGAGGAGGACGACGAAGAGGGGGAGGGGGAGGAAGAAGGGAGCUUCCUCGUGCUACCGCGGUCGGUGACUGUCGGAGGCUCGGGGGACGUGGACCGCUUGGUGGCCCAGAUUGGAGAAGCUCUGCAACUGGACGCGGCGGCACACGGGAACCGGCCCGCCCCCCAAGAGUCCCUGGCGGGCAAGCAGCCGCCUCCCCCGCCCCCGCCGCCUCCGCCACUACGGCCCCCGGUCCUGCAGCUGCUGCUGCCACCGCUACCGGGACCAGCUCCGGCGCCUCUGCAGUCCGCGGGGCCACUGCAGUGUGCGGGGUCCUGGGUGAGCGGCGUGGGCGCCACCUCGCACCCAUCGCCGCAACUACUGCGGGUGUCGUCGGGUCCCUGCGCCCCGGGGAGGACCCCGAGCCGGAGCAGCGCCCCUACCCCGCACGCCUGCAAGCGGGGCUUCCCGCAGUCUCUGCCGGGCCCGUGCCGGCGCUCCUGGCUUCGGGGCACUGCCGCCUCCCGCCGCCUGCAGCAGCAGCACCAACACCACCAGUACCGAGGACAACUGGGACUCCGGGCCGGAGAGGAUGACCCCCACCAGCUUCUGCAGCAGCUCGUGCUCUCGGGGAACCUCAUCAAAGAGGCGGUGCGGCGAAUCCAUUCCCGACGAUCCAGGAGGUAUUUGCGGGCUCGGACCCCGAUCCCCCCAGCGGCCGCCCGUCCUCCGCCUUUACCCGUAGCUGGGCCGGAGGUGGAUGCAGAAGGGACGCUAUCUCCCUGCUGCCCUCGACGACCGGCCUGCUCUAACCCGGAGGGCCUCCGGAGGCGGCUAGCUCACGGACUUGCAGACGGCAUCCUGGUCCCAAGCAGCUAGUGAGCCCGGCAGGUUCAGGAGCAAGAAGAGACUGAGGAUCGGAAAGCCGAAGCUCCAGAGACUGACAGGAAUGAACUUGAGAGGGGAGCAGGGGGCCGAGGCAAUGGGAAAAGAUGGGCUCUCUUUUUCCACGUUCCAGGGGAGAGAAGCGCUGAUGGUGACAAAACUAUAGACUUGUGGACAUGGGGGGGUGGGGGGUUGGGGGGGGGGAUUGCCUGGCAAACAAAAGCCUCAUGGGGCUGAGAAUCAGAACCCCUUGGUCUAAUUAGGAUAACUAUCCUAUUUAUAGACAGACUACUGACCCGUGAAUACCCUUUAACUUGUCAUUAGUGGUGCUGACUUGCACUGAGCCAUCCCCAGCACUUCCCCUGGUUGCCAAGUGACCAGCAGCACACACCUUUUGCAGGAUUCCUUCACUGGCCACCUCUCUGGGUGCUUUUGGAGCAGAGUUGUUUUUCCCUCUGUGCAAUAUUAACUGGCCUUUUAAUAGGAGGUACACCUUCCUUCUUGGCUCCUUUAGCACAUGUUCUAUCCUCCUGAGCUCACCAUUAGGGAUGAACUCAGAAUGGAGAAUUAUUCCAGUUACCUGCUUUGACUUGACCCAGUUUGUUUUCACUACUGGUAGUUGUCUUUGACUCAUUGGGGGUGGAGGGGAAUUGGGAAGGGAGAAAUGUGUGUGUUGGGGGGGGGGGUGAGAGUGGUAAAAGGAAACAAUAAGACAUCUUCACCUGGCUUGAGAGCAUUUUCCAAACUAGAUUUGGUUCUUGCCGAGUUGUUGGUAGAAACAGGAUUCUAUGAAAAGAGUAACUUCGGUAAAUGUGAGCAAAAAGAAAAGGAGAAAAGCCUGGGUGGGGUGGCUUAAAGUAGAUCACUUGCCAGCCUCCUCCUCCUCCUCCUCCUCCUGCCCUUGCAUUGCAACAGCCUGAUGAUUUUAAGGCUAACUGGGGAAUACUCACCCCAGAUUGGAGUAGGGAAUGAGAAGGGGAAGGAAGGAUUCAAGGCUCCGGGGGCAGCCUUUCUGGAGUGGCAUUUGGAAAUCUGCACUUGCAAUCUUUUUAAGAUACUGGUUUUCCACUCAUGUUGCUGUGGUUCUCUGGGCAAGGGAGUAAGUAGUUCUGUGUCUCCUCCUAGAGUCUCCUGAGGACAUGCACCUUUGUGCUUGCAGCUACCAGUUAGGCGGGAGGGAGAGAGACUUGUGUGUGCUGACACUGUCCGGCUUCUGCUACCUCUGCCUUUUUUGGCCAGGGAGCCAAAAAGCCAUGGCAUAAUAUUGCAGGGCACUAUGGUUUCCUUUCUAGGCCAUUCUUCCUUCCUUGUUUAUGUUUUGAGGCAAUGAGUAGGGAAACCAGCAUUAAAGGAAAGGGGCCCAUUUGAAUAUGUUUGUCUCUGAGAAUAUUUGUGGUAUCUCCUGCAGCACCCCUGCAUGAAAGGGGUUUGUGUCCCCUCUAUUUUACCCCUCACUUUUUGGAGUGAAUCCAACAUUCCAAAAAUGUGGCCCUCUUGCAAGCAUUUUCCCUCAAGAUGGCUCAAACACUUGUUUUUGUUAUCAGUUGACAUUUCAAUGGCUUGGGCAUCAUCCAGAUGUAGCUAUUGACUUGUGUGUAUGUAUGUACAUAUACAUAAAUAUACACACACAUACACUUCGCAGCGGAGUGUCUGACAUUGUGGUGGUCCUGAUUUAUAGGAUUCUAUCUUCACUGAAGUAUCUAUGAUAAAUAAACUUGUUUUUUGUUUUCUGUU